AUGUCUUAUAAUAGUUCAAAACGUUGCAAAAACUGUGGUUCAAUAAAUCAUUGGACUUAUCAAUGUACUGUUGAAAUUGAAGAAAAAUCAAGACCAACUGCUUCUGAAAGAUUACGUGGAAUUGUUCCAAAGAAAAUAACUGUUGAACCAAUUACAAAUAAAGAACUUUACCCAAAACUAUGGGAAAAAGCACUAAAUCAAGCAAGAAAAGAAAUUAUGACAAUAGUAGAAGAUCAAAAAGAAAAAAGAAGAUUAUUUGAAGAUGAAAUUGAAAGGAAAAGACAAAAUGAUAAAUUAAAACAAAUGGAAAAGGAAAAAAUUAAAGAUGAAAGUGAAAAUUAUAAAUUGGAAGAAUCUCAUUUGACUGAUUGUAAUAAAAUUGAUAUAACUGAUACUGACAAACUUUAUAGAAGGAAAAUUCAAGAAUAUUCUAAAAGUGAAUCAUAUUCUCCUAGUAGAUCAAGAAGUUAUUCUAGGUCUUAUAGUUAUUCUAGAAGUAGAUCAACCAGUCGUUCUAGAAGAAGACACUAUUAUUCUUCUGAGAGAGGAAGAUCUUAUUCAAGAAGAAGAUCUUAUUCAAGAAGAAAUGAUAGACAUUAUGAGUAUAAUAGAAGGUCUUAUUCCUCAAGAAGAUCUUAUGACUCAUCACCAAGAUCAAAGUCUAGAAGACGUUAUUAA